AUGUAUGUAGAAUCGAAGCGACAUGCAAAUAAAUCUUCAGCAGAUAUUUGUGCAGAAGAAAUAAAACGAUUGUCGCAAGAACAACGAUACAUCAUUCAAAAAACUUUCAAAUAUUUGUAUAAUGAUCCCCAGAAAAAUGGACAAAAAAUUUUUGUUCUACUACUCGGCGACUUCCCAGAAUACAAACAGAUAUGGCCACAAUUCAGUGGCAUUCCGGAUAGUUCAAUCAUAACAGCAGAUGUAGUUAAAGAACACGGGUUGGUCUACUUAGCCGGGCUUAAAGCCAUUAUUGAUAAUAUGCCAUAUGAAGAAAAAUUAGUGAAAACGAUAAACAGAAUCACCACUGCACAUUUGAAGUGGAACAUUUGCAAAAGUCAUAUCAUGAACAUGCUAAAAGAAGUGGUCGUAAUUUUGCAAUCAUAUCCGCAUUGUCAAGGGAAACAUGUCGAAGAAGCUUGGUUUACACUAUUCGAUGUGAUUGGAAACCUAGUAGAUACAUUCAAGUAA